AUGGGCAUAUAUGGUUCCAAGCUUCGGAAACAAGCGCAGGUCCUGAUGCUGGGCCUGGAUGGAUCGGGAAAGACCACCCUCCUCUACAAACUGAUGUACAACGAAAGCGUGGUGACUGUGCCAACUGUCGGCUUCAACGUGGAGACGCUGGAGACAGACAGGAGCAGCCCGAGCCUGACGGUGUGGGAUGUAGGGGGCCAGAAGAAGAUGAGACCCCACUGGAAGCAUCACUAUACUGAUACAGCCGGACUGAUGUUUGUCGUGGACAGUUGGGACCACGAGCGGAUGGAUGAGGCCCGCAAGGAACUUCAUCGGGUGCUGAGAUACGAAAGUCUCAGAGGAGUUCCUCUCGUGGUCCUCGCCAACAAACAGGACCUCCCAGGAGCUCUGAGCCCAGAGGCACUUUGCCUGAAACUGGAUUUAAGAGGAAUGUGUGAGGGCAGAGCCUGGUUCAUCCAGCCCUGUUCAGCCACCACUGGCAUGGGACUAGAAGAGGGUUUCAGGAGGAUAGUCUAUCUGAUGAAGACCCCGCUGAAACAGACUCAACAGGACAUUAAAGUUAAGAUCAAUUCAAAGGGUUUCAGUAUCACAGCUGUGAAACAAGUCUUGCUCUGCCGAAGAUAAUGGAUAAAAAUGUUUGUCGGAGUUUCAUUCGAGCCAC